CCUUGUGAACGCAUAUUUUGAUGACGUCACUGAAAAAUAUGGCGCACUUGGAAGUGAAAUUUUGUCAACCUUUUUACAAAAUUUACGUGAAAUACUUACCAUAAUUCAAGUACUAGCUGAAUUUAGGAAGGAAUGAACCCUUUAAAUAUUUAUGUAGCAACAUGUCGGUAUGUCAUGUCCGCACGUUUUGCCGAUCGCGACACUUGGGUGGAUCUUUACCGAUACCUCCCGUAUCUUCGACGGUCACUUGGAUGUUAUGUAUGCAGAAACUUGGCUGUUAAUCCCCAUUCACCAUCUCAUAAGAACUGUCAACACUUUGUGUGCAAACACUGUAUUGGUGGUAGGAUGAAACUGAAGCCACAAUGCAGUUGGUGCAAAAAAUACGAAGGAUUCGUAGAAAAUACCCAGCUGCGCAUUGUAAUUGUUGGGUUCAAAAGAAUAUGCCAUGUUAUUCAUAGUUCCCCAAUCAUGACAGCCUUAAGGGAAAAUAAUUCAAAUGGGGAAAACGAUAAUCUUAUUCAAAUAAUUGAAGAGGGCUUAGAAUUUCAAGACAAUUUCAAAAUGUGCUCACCGAUUCCAUUACCGCCAGUAUUGUUUCCUAGUCAACCACCCGAAGUGAAGAAGUCAUUAGAGGUACCAAAGGUAGAACUUGUUGAGCCUUUAGCUUCAACUUCAGAAACAAAAAGUGAACAGGAAGACAAUCUUUCACCACCCGUAUUAGAGAAAUCUCGAGAAUUCGACAAAGAACUUGAAGUUAAUGUUGAUGUUGAAACACAUGAAUUGUCCCCAACAACAUCAGAAGAACUUAUUGAUGUAUGUAAGUUGCCGAGCCCGAAUGAACAAGACAAUCUUUUAAAAAGGAAGAGGGAGCCAGUUUUGUCUUUUGAGGCUUUUCAAAAUACAAAGCUGUUAGAACACAGACUACUUGCAGUUAACUGCAUUGGACCAAAGGGGGGUAACUUAAGAAUCUCUUCAACUCCCAUUGUUGAAAUGUCUGUUAAAAAAUCAAAACAUUCUAGUAAUCCCAGUGACAUUAAAAUUUGCAAAUGUGGCAGAGGUGGAACAAACAGUCGAUUGACUUGUCUAGGCCAAAGAUGUCCAUGUUAUAUAAAGAAACUACCAUGCAUCAACUGCAAGUGUCGAGGGUGCAGGAAUCCAAGAAAAGCAACUGCAUCUAAUUCUGAAAUCUUAUCAAACAACAAUAAUAUUUCAGAUUCCUCAUCUUCAUUGGAUGCAAAGGUUUCCCAAAAUGAAAAUAUUUGUGUUGUAAAAAAAUGAUUAAUCAAUAAUUAAGAUCUACUUAGAAUGUUUGUGGUAAAUGUACACUUAGCUGUAUUGUGAUAACAUGUAUUUAUUAUUUAUUAUUGUCUAGUGUCAGAUCAAGUUGGUCUUUUAUAUAAAAAAAAAGUUUCUGAAAGGUUAUCUCGGUGUGGGAUAGUUUUAAUUGUAAUUGAUCCAAAGUACUUCAAAGUCAAUUUUUGUUGAAAAUCGUAUACAUGUAUGAGUCCAUGAAAUAAAACCUCUGAUGAAAAAAAAUGUGUUAUUUGACUUGCAAUUAUGUCAUGCAUCUACAGUAAAACAGCAUUAAAGCAUCUAUCUUGUUGCCAUACAACAAUUGCUGUACAUAUAAUUUGCUAUACAUUUUCAGCAAAUUUGUAACUCAUAGAGAUACUAAUAUACUAUUUUAAAGAAAUUCAAUUUUGGUUUGCUAGAAAUGUUGCUCUGGUGAAAAUAAAUUUAUCUUGGGAUCAGAAUGUUGUUUUCUGGAGUUUUUUUGUGACCAUUAAUACUUUGUUGUAAACUUUACACGAUCAUUAUGAUAUGGAUUUUUUUUUUCACAAGAAAACUUAUUGAAAUUGUUGAGAUUUACAUUAAUUUUCAUUGGCCAGGUAUUGAAAUUUACUUCAUCAUGGCAUUAAUAGACUUGCUAUAUGUCUGUUGUAAAAAAAAAAAACAACCCAGUUUUAUAUAGAAUAUUUUAGAAAGUUUGCUGGGGAAUCAAAGAUUAUAUUUGUUAGUAUAAUUUUUCUUGUGUUUGUGAUGUGUUUUAAAACUGCUGUGUGAAACAAACUAAGAACUAGACAUGAAAUAUUUCAUGAUUUCUCA